UCUGCAAAGGAACACAGUGACUUCUGAUUACGAAACUAUUAUAAUUCUUGACUUUUCGUCAAGUUCUUUUUUCAUCUUUGUCAAUUUCACAACUUCGUGAAACUUUAAUUGAAGAAAUCUUAUCAUAAUCUGAUAAAGUUUACGCUUAUCCGUGUCCCCACUGCAUGUUUUGAGUUCCAGAAAGAAAAAAAAACAAUCAACAUGUCGCUCUAUCCGUCACUGGAAGACAUGAAGGUCGAUCAUAUGAUAAAGGCUCAACAUCAAAUCGAAUCGCAGUUUGCACCUAGAGCACCGCCGGCUUUCCAAUCCAAUGAACCCUCUGCUCCUAGCCUUUCACCUCCCGGAUAUGAGUCAACGGCUGGACAACUUUAUCCCUUUUUGGGUAGCUACAUGGGAUUGGAACUCAGCGAGGAAAUGAUUGCUAACAAUAUGCCAGAAUAUGCAGUUAUCGCUCGAGAAAAUAUGACAAUAGCGACUCCGGCUGCUAAAUUAGGUCCUUUGACAGGAAUGGUAGCCCCGCUUUCAGGAGAUUCUCUUGGUCUCCAAAGAGCUCAAGUUACAAACGGCAUCAGAGAAUUAACGCUCUGCAAAGAUAAAGAGGGGAAAAUAGGAUUGCGAGUACACUCAGUAAACAGUGGAAUAUUUGUUUGUCUCGUGAGCCCCAAUUCACCGGCUUCCAUGACUGGGCUUCGAUUUGGUGACCAAAUUCUUGAGAUAAAUGGAAUUACCGUCGCCGGUUACAGCAUGGAUCAAGUGCACAAAAUAUUCCGCAAUGCCCCUGUCAACGGAAUCAAAGUCGUUGUUCGUGACAGACCUCUCGAACGUACCGUAACCAUGCACAAGGACAGCUCUGGAAACAUCGGAUUCCAUUUCAAAAACGGUAAAAUAACGGCACUCGUAAAAGACUCAUCUGCUGCAAGGAACGGCCUAUUGACCGACCAUCAAAUACUCGAAGUCAAUGGAAAGAACGUAGUCGGUCUGAAGGACAAGGAUAUCGUGGACGAAAUAGCGCGAGGUACUGAAAUAAUAACAAUCACCGUAAUUCCAUCGUACAUCUAUGAUCACAUGAUAAAAAAAAUGGCAGGAAGUCUCCUGAAGAGUGGAAUGGACCAUUCAGUUCCGAGCAAUUUCGAAUAGAACCAAAAGCCACACAAGCCAAAAAAACAAAAAGCCCAAUUUCAAAUCGUAACGUAAUUUUUGAUAACCGUUCUUGCCAAAUUGAACAAAAGGAAAUAAAUAAAUAAAAAGAAUAUUAUUGCACAAUCGAGAGUGCGUACAGGACUCUGGGAAUCAAUUGUUCCAAAAAACAAAAACUUUAUUCGACGAUCGGUUCAAACAUUCAUUGAAAAUUUCGUCAAAGUUCUCGUAUUUGUCACACCGAUAUUGAUUUUCAACUUAAAGACGCACACGUGAGCGUUUUAAAUCGCGUUUACGUAGAAGUUACAAAUACGUAUUGCCAAGUGGAUUAAUCGAGUGAUUUGUGAUAGUUUUUGCAUUUGAAUAUUUUUCCUACACUCAAAAUGAUCGAUGUUAGAAUUGUUACGACGAGUUUGUCACUCUCUUCCAAAAUACAAUACUAUUUUAAUAAACUUAAUAUUUUGUCAUAAUUCACAGAUGCCACGUAAAUCAUGUUUAUCGAAAGACGAAAAAAAUAUUGAAAUUAAACCAUCAGAGUAGAAGGAAAAAUGAUAAAAAUACACUGAUAUCUAAAGGAUCGAAAUAACCUCGUAAAAGAUUAUAUUAUCUGUUGAAUCGUACCGUGCCACACCAUUAUUAGAAUUAUAUUAUUCACAGUUGUAUAUUCGAAUAAUGGAAUCUCUAUAUAUAAAUAUAUGUAUAUCAGAGGAUGUAUGAACAAUGAUUAGAGCAUAGAAUUAUUAUAUGUAUAAUAUUGACAUAAAAAGACCAUUGAAAAAGA